AUUUCAUAUUUUGGUGUUUAUGCUUAAAUUUCAAGCAUAACACAGUGUAGCGAAGAAUAAAUUGGAUUUUCAUAUCAAUACUGUUCAAUAUUUAUUAACAUUUUCAGUUGUAAUUUUAUAAAAAUGGAAGAAGGUGAUAAUCAAAAUGUAUUUCAUGCCCUGAAUCUUGAUGUCAAUUCUCAGAAAAAUUUUAUAAAGUUUUUUAAAUCUUUGGGUGAAAAACCAGCAACGACUGUUCGAUUUUUCGAAAGAGGUGAAUAUUAUACAUGUCAUGGGCAAGAUGAUUCCGAUUUAGUAUCAAAAAUAACAAAUGGUAUUGUUAAAAAUAUGAGUCCCACAGAUAAAGAAACAUUGUUAUAUGUAACAUUGUCAAAAAGUAGUUUUGAAACAGCCAUAAGAGAUAUUCUAUUAGUAAAAAAUUUUAGAGUAGAAGUAUAUACGAGUAAAGGUGGUCAAGAAAGUUGGAAACUGGAAUAUCAAGGGUCGCCUGGAAACUGCUCACAAUUCGAUGAUAUACUAUUUUCAAAUGAAGAAGUUAAUAUAGGUUCAUCUGUGAUUGGUGUUCAAAUAAAAACAGAUGGUAUGUCUAGGCGAGUUGGUGUGGCUUGUGUUGAACAAAAUGAUUGUCAAAUAUCAUUGAUGGAAUUUCAAGAUGAUGAUUAUUUUGGUGAAUUGGAAGCAGUAACAGUUUUAAUGGGGCCAAAAGAAUGUAUUUUACCAAGUGAGGAGGCAGAUUUCUUAAAAAUUAAACAAUUAAUGGAAAGAAAUAGGAUUUUGGUAACAAGUUGUAAAAAGAAUGAUUUUAACAUUAAAAAUGACGAUAUUGUGCAAGAUUUAAAUAAUGUGUUGCGUUUUAAAAAGGGUCAGAUUGAAGAUGCAAAUUCACUUCCUGAAAUGUCUUUAAACAUAGCUGUUAGCGCUCUAGGAGCAGUUAUGAAAUAUUUAAAACUUACAGAAGAUGCUGGAAAUGUGGGAAAUUACGAAAUAAAACAAAUGGAUUUUAACAGAUUUGUUAGAUUAGAUGCAGCAGCUAUUGCAGCUUUAAAUAUUCUUCCACAGCCUGGUUCAAAUCCAUCAAGUCCCGCUUAUCAUUGGCAAAGUGUUCUUGGUGUUUUAGAUUAUUGUUGUACACCACAAGGUCAUCGUUUAAUGGCUCAAUGGAUUAAGCAACCACUAAGAAAUGAAGCAACACUUAAGGAUCGUCAUGACAUUGUUGAAUGCUUACUAGACAGUAGAAAUUCAUUGAACGAACUGCAUGAUGAUUAUCUUAAACGUUUACCUGAUAUACAAAUGGCUGCUCGAAAACUUUUGAGGAAAAAAGCUACAUUGCAAGAUGUAUUUAGGAUAUACCAAGUUAUUAUGAGAGCUCCAAAAAUAAUCAAAACAUUGAUGGAGCUAGAAAACUCUACAAUUAAUAAUGUUCUUGUUAACCCCAUGAAAUCGACAAUGGAAGAUUUAAAAGGACUUAAGCAAAUGGUUGAACAAGUUGUUGAUUUUGAAACGAUUUCGAAAGGUGAAUAUUUGGUAAAGGCUUCUUUUGAUGAUGAUUUACUAGAAGUUAAAACUAAAAUGGAUGAGAUUUAUGCUAAAAUGGAAAAAUUGCUUAAAAGAGCUAAUGAUGAUAUUGAGCUAGAUGGUAAAGGUACAGUUAAAUUAGAAUAUAUAAGUCAUUUGGGAUAUCAUUUCCGUAUAACGUUAAAAGAUGAGGGUUCUAUUCGAAAAGAUAAGAGAUAUAAAAUUUUGGAUUGUGUUAAAGGGGGAGUUCGUUUCACAAAUGAAAAAUUGCAAAAUUACGAUGAAGAAUUUAAAGUGUUAAAAGAAAAAUAUGUUGAUCAACAACAAGCUAUUGUUAAUGAAGUCAUUCGAGUAGCUAUUGGUUAUAUAGGAACCUUAAAUAAUCUUAACAAAUCGGUUGCUGAAAUAGAUUGUUUAGUAAGUUUUGCUAUAUCAGCUGUUUCGGCACCUAAAACUUAUGUUAAACCAAAAAUGUUACCAGAAGGUUCAGGUAUCCUUGAGCUUACAAAUAUUAGGCAUCCUUGUUUAGAAUUACAAGCGAAUACAAAUUUUAUAGCGAAUAGUGUAGAAUUUCAUAAGGAUGAAACAACUAUGUAUAUUAUAACUGGACCUAAUAUGGGCGGAAAAAGUACAUAUAUUCGUUCAAUUGGUACAGCUGUAUUAAUGGCACAUGUUGGUGCUUUUGUACCAUGCGAUAAGGCUAUAAUAUCAAUGGUUGAUUCAAUACAAGGACGUGUUGGUGCUAGUGAUAAUAUUAUUAAAGGUUUAAGUACAUUUAUGGUUGAAAUGAUUGAAACAGCUGGUAUUAUACGUUCAGCAACUGAAAAAUCUCUUGUUAUUAUUGAUGAACUUGGUAGAGGUACAUCAACAUAUGAAGGUUGUGGUAUAGCUUGGUCAAUAGCAGAACAUUUAGCUAAAGAAAUUAAAUGUUUUACAUUAUUUGCAACACAUUUUCAUGAAAUUACCGAUAUAUCAAAGGAUAUACCAACUGUAAAAAAUUGUCAUAUGGCAGCUGUUGCUAAUCAAGAUGAUUUUGUACUUUUAUAUGAGGUAAAACCAGGUGUAACAGAAAAAAGUUUUGGUAUUCAUGUAGCAAAAUUAGCUGAAUUCCCAAAUAAAACUGUUAAAUUAGCUACACAAUUUUAUGGUGAAUUCGAAGAUGAACAUAAAUUAUUAAAAACAGAAAAAGAUGAUGAAUUACUUAAAAAUUUGUUAGAGGAAAUUAGAUUAUUAUGUUCCUCAGAAAAUAUUGAUAUAAAUCAAAUUAAAUUAUUAAAAGAAAAAGUACAAAAAGAAGCAAAAGAUUUAAAUAGUCACUAUUUUAAAGCAGCUUAUCCAUCGCUUUUUGAAAAUUAAUUUUCUUUUAGAUUUAUGGAAUAUUAUUAAAUCUAAGAACUUUACAGUAUUUUGUUUAAAAGAUGGUAAUAAUAAGCAU